CGUGAAACUGAGAAAAAGAAACUGAAGAUCAACAAUUUCAACGCUGACCUACCUGUUUCAGAUGUCAUCAUCCCAUAUCCUUCUCAAUUUGUGCUUCAAAAAGUCAAGAACAUGGAAUUCAUUGAACUCUGGUACUUCAGCCCAGAUGGCUGUCUCAAAAAGAUCGACAGCAUUGUCGCCCUGAAGUCAUUUUCUUCCUUCAAAGCCUCUAACAAAGCCUUACAGGAUCACGAUCUCUCCUGGAGGCAGUUUGACAUGGCCAAAACCAGCUUUCUUGUCCACAUUGAGAAAGCCAGUUGGCCCAACAAGCACCAGAUGGCACUAGUGCUAUUCUUCACACUCAUCACUAACCAUGAGCACAGGCUACGCCCACGGAGAGAGAAAACUCUCCUCCGCUAUGCAAGCAUGGUCCAAAAAGACUGGCAUGAUCGCCUCACCCUGAAUCUGGGAUUUGACAUUGGCCUUUUCAAUAACACUCUCUACAACAGCCUUUUGGAUGACGUCUGA